AUGCCGAAGCGGACGCUGUUUACCAACAUCACCCCUCUCCCUCCGCAGGUGUCGCGAGAAGUCGCGAUCUCCAUGCUUCACAAUCACGAUGAGAUGAUUGAACUGAAUCCCCUGGUCAUUGAGCACCAUCCGAUCAAGACACCUCGCGAUGCCCCGGCCGAUGAAUUCCUCGACUGUGCCUGGCAAGAGCUGACGGACAAGAUCCAUUACCUACCUGGUGGGAUGGUCAAAGGGAAGGUCAGCUACAAGGCCUGCUUCCACGACACCCCGUACGGACUGCAAACACACAUCUAUGCGCCUUUGGGUCUAGACAUUCGGGAAAAAUGGACAAUCGGUGGCUCUUUGCCUGGCGAGCCCCCUGAGCAUCGAGAGCUGGGAUUAGAUGUACCCCGACAGGGGUUAUAUCUGCGUGAAGAGGGCGACAUGAGGUGCAAUAUCCUGUUGACAUCGUUUGUCCGCAAAAACCUGGACAACGCGCAUAAAGUCUUGGUGGAACGCAUCCUGAAGAAGGCGGAGCGUGUGGAGGAACAUUCCCAGCUGACGGGAGGAUAUCCCACUACACCUACCAGUCCUCGAUUCCAGCCGGGCUCACACAUGGCCAACUCCCAAAUGCUCAACUCGCCAAUUGGUGCGAGACCUGCACUUUCGCCUCACAUGUUGUCGCCGCAGCAAGACGUGGGCUGGCAAACCAUGGCCAACCACCCUGCCUACCGGGUAGACGAGAAGCGAUACAGCACCAUGAGUCUCCCGCCGUAUCAGGCCAAUUUCCAACAGCAACAACAGCAGCAGCGGCAACAGCAACAGCAACAACGCAUGAGCUAUUAUGCUCCAAUUCAACAGGCAAGCCCGCCCAAACAGUUCAUGGCUGAAUUGCCCGGCUCGACAUAUCACACGGGGCAUCUGCAUCCCCACAGCCCCUUGCCUACGGCAGAUAGUCGAAUGAGCAUGGUGUCGGAGCUGUCUGGGUCAGAUGGAACGGCCAGAGGCUCUCCCAAUCCGCAGACGCUGUCAGACCGAUCGAGCAUGAUCUCGGAUGUGGCCAGUCCUUACAAGCCUUUUGUGCCGGAGCAAAGCGCGGAGGGCAACCAGUCCGUCUCUGAUCGGACUAGUAUGAUCUCUGGAUUGCCCUCUGCGCAAAAUAACGGGUCGACUUCCUCCAUCCCCAGACGGUGA